UCGUUGAGAUUUGUUUCUGGUCUGAUGGUUUUGUGGGGGAUUUCUAAUUUAGUCACGCUUCAGUUCACCACGGCCCCCUACGGCAGAUACACCCGUCCCGGGUGGGGUUGCCUCCUGCCUGCCAAGCUCGCCUGGUUCCUACAGGAGUUACCGUCCUUUGUUGUGCCGCUUAUAAUUCUCUCAAGGUGGCGUUAUGAUGAAUUAGUGAAUAUUCAUGGGAACAACAUGAUUUUGACUGGAUGCUUUCUGUUACACUACUUUCACAGGACUUUCAUUUUCCCGCUUAGGAUUAGGGGAGGUAAACCCAUUCCUUUGUUUCCUUUCAUGGCCGCCUUUUUCUUCUGUUCAGUAAAUGGUGCUCUACAGACGUACGGGAUACUCCUAUCGAACAACCAGAUCCGCCACUGGUUCCAGGAAGCAAGAUUCUGUUUUGGUAUUAUGUUAUUUUUUACGGGGAUGUGCAUUAACAUCCGGUCUGACAGUUUGCUGACGUCACUAAGGAGAGAGAAAGAAGGCACAUAUCGAACUCCAAGAGGAUUCCUAUUCGAGUACGUCUCUGGUGCUAACUUCCUGGGAGAAAUCGUGGAGUGGAUCGGCUUUUCUGUGGCGUGUUGUAACCUCCCCUCUUUGGCCUUCGCUGUAUUUACUCUGUGUAAUAUCGGCCCUAGGGCUUUCCAUCAUCACAGAUUUUAUCGGGAGAAAUUUGAGGAUUAUCCAAAAGACAGAAAGGCUCUGAUUCCGUUUCUUCUUUAGGACGGGGUUUUAAACACAAAAUCACGGGGAUCAUGCAAUAAAUACAAUUA